AUGGAGAAGAUGGAUCCAGACGAAGCCCAGCGGGACACCAGAAGUGAAAUCGAAGACACAUACGUCGCUAUUAAGGUUUGCAUUAAAGAGCAAUUGGGCGCGGACGCCCACAAUACAACCGUGGCCGAUGCUUCGCCCUGCGUUUCUCAUUCAACAUCCAUGAAGCUACCACGACUGGCACUUCCUACGUUUGAUGGCAAGUACUCCGACUACAAAAACUUCGUAACGUCAUUUAAGCAAGUCAUUGAUAGUCAACCUAGCUUGUCUUCUAUCGAGAAGUUCAACCAACUGCUUAAUUGUUUGAAGGGAGCGGCCUUAGAAACUGUGAAGGCAUUUCAGAUCUCUUCUGAAAAUUAUCCGAAAGCGCUCGAACGUCUUAAAGCUCGCUAUGACAACCCCACGCUCGUCUUUUUGGAUAAUAUAAAUUCCUUAUUCAGCUUGCCGAAUGUUUCCAAAUCGAAUGCGCAACAUCUGCGUAGUCUCAUUGACAAUGCAUCAGCCCUGUACAACUCGUUACUGUCACUGGGUUCUGAGUCGCAAAUUGCUCAGGCUAUGCUCAUCUCGAUAGUGAUGGACAAAGUCGAUCAGGACACCAGGAAGAAAUGGAAUGAGUUUUUAGACUUCCGAGAUUUUCCGACAUGGACAUCUUGCAUUAGCGUCGUUGAACGACGUUGCCAAUACCUAGAAUCUAUAGGUAAGCCCAGCAUGGAUGCUACGAUGAGUCAACAAUCAGUGAGUAAACCACGCAACCAAAAACCGCAACGACAAGGGUUGACCUUCAACUGUACACCACAAGCCUGUCACGUUUGCUCAAAUACCGAACACAGAACCUUUAGGUGCCCUCAACUUAUUGGAAAUACGCUUAAUGAACGCUACGAUACUGCAAAACGUUUGGGGCUCUGCAUUAACUGUCUCGGUAAAGGUCAUCAGGCUGCGAAGUGUCCCUCAAGGCACAGAUGCCGAACGUGCACUCGUCCACAUCACACGCUGUUACAUCGUGAUGCUAAUAACACAGCUUCUCCGGUGGCAUCACAGCCCAUAACGAUGAUACAGCAGAGUUCAGAUGCCGUUGUUCAUACACACACGGACACUUGUUUGAAUCGAAUUAUACUAUCCACUGCGUUGGUACAGGUUAAGGAUGCUACAGGUCGUUACACAAUUGGCCGCGCUCUACUGGACUCCUGCUCCCAGGUAAAUUUUAUAUCUGAUGAGUUCGCACAAACACUUCGUUUACGCCGUAAGAGAAGCAACUUGGAAAUUCGCAGCAUUGGGGAGUCGCAAACUCAGGUUAAGCAUCGCACGUCUACCACAAUCAAAUCACGCUUUGUCGAAUUGGAAUUGCCACUCGAUUUCUGUGUCACAUCGCACAUUGCCUAUCAUCCAAAAUCGGAAAUCGACAUUUCAUCAUGGAAUCUACCCAAGAAUACGCAAUUGGCUGACGAAAACUUCAACAAGUCGCGCCGCAUUGACCUACUCCUUGGAACCGAAGCAUUUUUUGAUAUCCUAUCUGUUGGGCAAGUAAAACUUGGUCCUAAUUUGCCUGUGCUGCAGAAGACCCUCCUGGGAUGGGUUGUUUCCGGUCGUUGUGAUGCAAGAUCUACAACACCGCACAGCUAUGCACUAUCACUGGACGAAUCCAUAAACCAGAACGUAGAGCGCCUAUGGCGUAUCGAAGAUGUUAGGACACCAGCUGAUACCUACACUCCAGAGCAACGCAAAUGUGAGGAAAUCUUCAUCACCACGGUUCGCCGACAAAACGAUGGUCGAAUUGUAGUUCGUCUUCCAUUCAAGGAUAAUCCUUGUUUGCUAGGUCGGUCAUAUGAAACCGCCCGCAGACGCUUUGAAGCUCUUGAACGUCGCUUGAGCCGCACACCAGAUAUUAAGCGACAAUACAUAGACUUCAUGGUAGAGUUCCAACGUUUGGGCCAUAUGAGCUUGCCAAACAGUACGUCGACAAAGUUACGGGUUGUCUUCGAUGCCUCCUGCCAGACUACGUCACAGUAG